AUGCUUCCCGCCAGCCGAAUCGCUGCCGUCGCACUCUCCAAGAACCUGGCCGCCAACUGCGCGCGCACUACGUCAGUGGCCUUUGUCCACAUUGAUAAGACGAUCAAGGACAUCAAGGAGAACCUUGGCGACAAGGUCUACAACGCAAAGGAGUCCGUCAAAGAAACUAAGACGAUGGGCGAAAAGAUGGGGGACCUGAAGGACAAGGGCGGUUGCGAGAAGGCCUACGACGCCAAGGAGUACAUGAUGGGGAGG